CGGCGGGGCGGGCGGCCGGGCCCUGCCCGCGGCGCUGCCCCCCGCGGCGCUGGGCGGGCGGGCGGUCCCCGCUGCGGCUCGGCGCCUUCUCCUCCUCCUUCUCCUCCUCCUCCUCCACAUCCUCCUCCUCCUCCUGGCCGCUGCGGCGCGGGGGCUGCGGGCGGAGCGGCGGCGCCAUGAGCGGGGCGGCGGCGGCGGCGAAGAGCGAGAAGCUGGACGAGGCUCAGGCGCUGGCCCGCAGCUGCGCGGGCAGACCCGACUUCCAGCCCUGCGACGGGCUCUCGCUCUGCGCCACCCACAGCCACGGCCGCUGCUUCCGCCUGCACUGGUGCUGCCACCUGGGAUGGUGCCACUGUAAAUAUGUCUAUCAGCCCAUGACACCCGUGGAGCAGCUUCCCAGCACCGAAAUACCCGUUCGCCCCCGGGAGUCCACAAACACCAUCCAGAUCUCCGUUUCGCUCACCGAACACUUUUUGAAGUUUGCGCCUGUCUUCCAGCCCCCUCUGCCCCCCGACUCCCCGCAGUUCUGCACGAUCGCAGACCUCUUCAUUGACAAUUACCGCGUGAAAUGCAUCAACGGGAAGAUGUGCUACGUGCAGAGGCAGCCGCCCCUCCUGCCCCACAAGAUAAAGCCCGAGGAAGUCGCUGUUCGCAAUGCCUUAAUCACAAAAGAGAGCAAUACACCAAAACCAGAUCACUGCUCGUCCCCUUCCAGCUCCGAGGACUCCGGGAUCAACGCAGUGGGGGUUCACUACGUGGAGUCGUGUGACGAGGACACGGAGGGGGUGGCCGAGCUAAGCUCAGAAGAAGAUUACAGCCCAGAUAGCAGCUGGGAACCAGAUGAAUGCCCGCUCUUGUCACCCUCGCAGUGCGAAAUGGAGGUGAUUGAGACUAUAGAAACCACUGUGUGAGCCGACAAGUUGGUAUCAGAUCAGUCCAGUUCCCACUCAGUAACGUUGCUUUUGUAGUAUUUAUAUUUUCUGUUUUUUUCUGACAAUCCCUUUUUUCCAGUGCACUUGAUAUUUCCGAUUCCUCACGGGAGUGCGGUCAUGGGACUUGCAUACUGGUGAACUAGCAGCAGCCUGAGCAAUUUUAACACAUUCUCAGCCUGAUCAGAUCUCCCACGUCUGCACGUAAGGUAGUGAUAAAUCUUAAGACUUUUAUAGCUGAAAUAGGCCCUUUUCUUGGUCUGGGUUCCAUCAUAUACUAUUUCUCUUACAAGGAUGUGCCAUUCAGGAUGUUUCCAACUGUCAGGAUGUUUGGCCUUCAAAGCACAGAGGGUGAGCUGGUGCAGCACGCCUGCCAGCAGCAAAACCGAGUUGCCCUUACUGUUCCUCAAACAGCCAGGCGAGGCGCGGUGACAAGACGCUCGUUCUGUCUGUCUGUCCUUGCGCGUUUGUCCGUCCUUUUCUCUAGUGCCGGCACGGCCCUUCCCGAAGGCUGUUGGCACCGCUCUUCCCGCAGGUUGGUAUGGCAGGCUAGAGAAUGCACAAAGUGCCUCCGACUUUUCUCCAGGCUAUGCAUCGGGCAUCUGCUGAGUUAGGUCAGGCUCUGAAAUCUCCUGAGAAGGCGACUGUUGCUCCGGAGGGGGAUCAUUUGCCGGGAUCCAGCUGGUCCCUUUUUUCCACGUGGAUCUUAGGAAAGGGGAUCUGGCUUUUGCAGCUCAGCAGGAGAGGGAGCAGGCACAGGUGAAGCGUGGCCAUCUAACCGAUACCACGCUAAACUGGGGUGUAAAAUAAGUGAAGGAAGUGACUACCUCCAAACACACAAAAAAAUCCGCCCUUGGCUUUGCCUGCUGCUUCCUCCUGUGCUGUUUGGUGCCGGACAUGUGCACUCAGGACCAAAUGGCCUCACGGCCUGUAUUUGCCUGGACAAUUCCAAAAUGUAAGAAAACAAAAGUUUAUCAGCCACACCACUGUGUCGGCAGAGCUUGGGGACAGCACGGAGGUGCCUGCGGGGGUGGCCCACGGGCUCGGUAGCGCGUGUGCUUGUUAAAAUACAGCCCGAGUAAUUCUAGGGGAGAGGGGAAGCUUCGGUUCCCGGUGCUUUGCACCCAGUGCCGGAGGGAUUCGAGCAGGGGUUUCCUCAAGGAGCUGAUAGGAGCGAGCUGUCUCGCUGGUGGCUUGGUCUCAGCCCUGCUUGACAAAACAAAAAUGUCAUUUCUCAGAAGAUUUCAGUCAGCUUGAAUCAGUUGGAGUCAGUAAUAACUGUGUUUUCAACAGCAUUACUGAAUUUCUUUGUGUAUUUGCCGUUUACGUUUCAGAAGUCAUUGGUGAAUAUAAGGCUGUAUAAAUGUGUACAGUUUAGUGAUUGAUACUAGAUUAUAGUCUAUGUUAUAGGAUGGCUCAUCUCUCACUGUAUCCUGACAACGUAUUACUAAUUUUAUACACUUUGUAAGCAGUAUCUUUAGAAAAAGUUUAGGCAACUGUGUGUGUAUGUGCACAUGCGCGUGUGCUAGGAGUUUACCCUAAAUGGUUAUAAAGUAAUACUGUACUUUUUAGACUAACACUUUCAGACAAAAUAAUAGGUUUUAUAGUUUUGAUGACUUACAUAAAAAAGUGCAAUGCUUGUUAAAUGAGGCACUUGGGCCAUUGCAUGAACAGAUACAUUCUCACAAAGCACCUGAAAAUAUACUCUGUUUUUCUGAGGGUAUUUAAACAAAGGCUGUAGUAAAGCUAAAUAGGAUUUAUUUAUUUUUUAAGGGUAGGGUUGUCUUACUUGGUUAACUAAGGUUUCUAACAAUGUUUUAGUGUCUUUUGACCAUUCAGACACAUUCCAUAGGUAGAAGGAAGCAUUAUGUAUAAACCUGCAGCAUUUACUCAUAUUUAAUCGCUCCAUUAUAAUCUAAGCGGAGAGCUGGAAAAGCUCCCACUCAUGCCUGGCCCACCCGAGCUUUCUCCCAAGAGGUGACUUCUCCUUGCUGGGAGGAUGGGGGUGCUGGUAGGUGCCCCUUCCCAAGGGCCAGGUGACAGCGGGACCUUUCCCGAGGCCAGGGUGCCCCUCAGCAGCUCUGCCUGCAGGUGCCACGCACAGAAAAGGCCAUCGGGACCCUCCGACUCUGCACCAGCUCCCCCCAUCUGCGAGCAGGAGCUGCCUCCGCCUGCCGUGAAUGCAAUGACAUUGAGUCGGGUGGUAGUUAUGACCGAGACUUACCAUGAGAACCUCUGGUCUUGCAGGUUCAUAUCACUGUCGUCAGGAUACGUUCUUUCUUAACUGUAAGUAAUUAGCAAUAUUCACAAGCUGUGAGUGUCUCCUACCCAGGAUUUGUUCAAAUGUCUUAAGCACAAUAAGCUGCCUCUUCCUGCUGUUGUACCUGUAAAAAGUCAGUGGAGCAGGCUGGUGUGGGACAGGGCUAUUUCUGGAAGGCGUUUGAGCAGCCAGCACAGUGGCAGGUUCCUCUCUGUGCUCCAUCACGCACCCCAGCUCAGAAACACGCUCCUCACAGAAACACGAUCUCUUUUCUUUGCACAAACAUGCCGGCAUAGACACGCUGUAAGAGACGUGCCCUGGGCUCCCUGCUUCCCUCAGCCAGGGAGAGGUGUGUGUAUUUCCUCUUUAAUAAAAUACUAAACAACUGCA